CAAUUCAAAUCAAGAUGGCAGAAUCGUUCGUUGAUAGGUACGGGGACACGGUGGGUGAUGGAGACGUUCGAUUUCGGUGACGCCAGAUAUGUCACCUCGUUCAAGGUUUCAUCGAACGGCUAGGGCGAUGAUUCAAAUUCACAACGCCAUGCCAUGUCGGUCAGUUGUCAACAUGGCACCGUCGUGCUUUGCGCCAAGGCAAUACACGGACAAGACGCACUACCUCCAGCGACGGCCCAAUCGCGCAGAGUGCACGAAACCUCGACGUCGGCUGCCAACGCGUGGCGCGUUCGACGUCCUCACCUUGAUGGACAUCUUACUCGUUGUGUUUGACUUUCAAAGCGGUGUCUACCAUGAGUACCAUCCCCUCCGACAACUCGGGUACUUUACAUUGACAGCGCCCCCGCUUCCAUCGACGAACACCAUGGACGCGUUGGAUUCUCUCGUUUCACCAUGGCUCGCCAACUUUACGCGAUCCCGCAUGCGAGCGUUCAUUCGAUCUACCGACAGGCACCGCCACGUGGUGUUCGCUGCCUACGCGGCCCACGUCGGCCAUCUCCAAGCCGUCCAAAUCCUGCUGGAAGACACUGCCCACAAGUGCUCCGACGCGAACUUGGUGGACUGGGCAGCUUGCCAAGGCCACUUGCACGUCAUCCAGUUGGUCCGCAGUGUGCUCGGUGAAGCUACAACGUGUUCGCCUUGGGCGAUGGACGUCAGUGCCACCAACAACCAUUUGGACGUGCUGACAUGGUUAUACUUCCACUGCGGGGCUACAUGCACAGCAGAAGGCGUUUAUGGCGCUUCCCGCCACGGUCACCUCGAGGUGUUGCAAUGGCUUGCGUUGGGUCACAGGGCAAGGUCGCAAUGGUUUGAAAACGCCAUCGUCGUUGCAGCUGCCGCAGGGCAAUUCGCCGUCUUGCAAUGGCUUUAUGCCCUGUUUCUCCGGAACGGGAGGACGUAUAGUCAUAAGAAUCAGCUGCACGAUGCGCUCGCCAGUGCCAUGGCGAACGACCACGUCGACAUCGUCCAGUGGAUGCGACGGCGCAUGCUUCCAACAGGCGAGAUCGACGACCUGUAUGGGAGUACAAAGGACAGCAAACCUGUUGAGGAGGACGGCGAGAAACGUGCAGGGCGACCAAGUCCAUGGCGUCGCAUGUUGCGUGGUAUGGCAUCGCCGGCAAAACGGAUUAUUCAACGGCGAAAAUCAUUUUGCGCUGGUCGCUCCGUCGCUGAGAGCCAUCCGUCUUCGUGCAGCAUUCAAUAGCUUUUGAAUACAACAGGUCAUGCUCAU